AUGAGUUCCGUUAAGACCGAUGUGGGUAGCCUUAAGGAAUACUUGACCAAGAUGAGAGAAUUGAUGAGGUUGAGAGAUGAAAGGGAUGAGAAACGUUACCGUGAAAAAGAGAAGUCUCAGCCAAAUUUCGAGAAUACAGAUUCUGGUGAUGGUCGAGAGCAAGGACAAGAAACAAACAGGGAAUGUGGGAAAGAGGAAAAGAAGGGCCAAAAGUUGGAACUUCCAAUUUUCAGUGGAGAAGACCCUUUUGGAUGGACCUUUCGUGCAGAUCACUUUACUAUUAACAAAUAUGGACCAUCGGAGAUGGUUGAGGUCGCGACUGUUUGCAUGGAGGGUUCUGCACAUGAGGAGCUGGUGGCGUUGAAACAAAACUCCACUGUGACCGAAUAUAGGGAAGAUUUUGAGUCCCAUAUGGCACCGUUGAAAGAUUUGGGGGAAGAGUUGUUGAUGGGAGUCUUCAUCAAUGGGCUUAGGGAAGAAAUUAGAGCUGAGUUGAGAUUGCUGCGGCCCAACUCCCUUCAAAAGGAGUUGGUUGAGAGGCUUGGUAUUGCGGUGGAAAAGGGGAAACGAUUUGGGGUGAUGGUGGGAAAUGGAGUCAUAGUGAAAGGGGAAGAGAUGUUAGCCGCCCGUAUCAUCCAACCUGGUACCAGUCCAUUUGCCAGCCCGGUGUUGUUAUUCCAGAAAAAAGAUGGAAGUUGGAGGUUCUACGUUGAUUACAGGGCCCUUAACAAAAUAACAAUUCCUGACAAGUUUCCAAUCCCGACCAUCGAGGAAUUGUUGGAUGAAUUGGCGGGGGCAACCAUCUUCUCUAAGCUGGAUCUUCGAUUAGGAUACCAUCAGAUCAAAAUCAAAGACGAAGACAUCCCCAAAAUAGCCUUCUGA